GCGACCGUUAGCCCGGUCUGUGCGCGCGCACGUGUAGCAGAAGAGGAUCCCUAAUGUGAGCUGCCGGCUGAUGAGAAAGUCUCAUUAGAGCCUCAAAGCUGAGUUUUUGCUGCGGCCAGUGGAGAGCUUUCUGGAGGACAUGACAGUCGCCAUUUGUCCCGGGGUUAUGGCCACUACUGAGUCGUGAUAGAAAGUCUGACGAGAACACCUCCCGUCCUACACUUGGUUGCCUCCUCCUGUGCCUUUGACAGACCAUCUCCAAAGUCCACCUUCCAGCUGCCCUCUUGACCCCGCCCACCUUCCCCCACCUGACUUGCCUCGACUCCCCGAGAGGGCGAGAGCUGCUGCUGCUGCCGCCGCCAUCAUGGUGCUGUCACAGAGACAAAGAGAUGAACUAAACCGUGCCAUAGCUGACUAUCUACGCUCUAAUGGCUACGAUGGAGCCUACUCCACCUUCAAGAAAGAAGCCGAGUUAGACAUGAAUGAAGAAGUGGACAAAAAGUAUGCAGGACUUCUGGAAAAGAAAUGGACAUCUGUCAUCAGAUUACAGAAGAAGGUGAUGGAGCUGGAGUCAAAGCUGAAUGAAGCCAAGGAGGAGAUGACACACGGAGGACCAGUGGGUCAGAAGAGAGACCCCAAGGAGUGGAUCCCCCGACCCCCAGAGAGAUACGCCCUCAGUGGGCACCGUGCGCCUGUCACGAGGGUCAUCUUCCAUCCCGUCUUUUCUGUCAUGGUCACAGCCUCAGAGGAUGCUACCAUUAAGGUGUGGGACUAUGAAGCGGGAGACUUUGAGCGGACCUUGAAGGGCCACACGGAUUCUGUGCAGGACAUCUCCUUUGACCAGACCGGGAAGCUGCUGGCCUCUUGUUCUGCCGACAUGAGCAUCAAACUUUGGGACUUCCAGGGUUUUGAGUGCAUCAGGACCAUGCACGGCCACGAUCACAAUGUGUCGUCUGUCGCCAUCAUGCCCAACGCCGACCACAUAGUGUCUGCGUCCAGAGACAAGACCAUCAAGAUGUGGGAGGUGGCCACUGGGUACUGUGUCAAGACUUUCACGGGCCACAGGGAGUGGGUGAGGAUGGUACGUCCCAACCAGGACGGCUCCUUGAUUGCCAGCUGCUCUAAUGAUCAGACAGUCCGCGUCUGGGUGGUUUCCUCCAAAGAGUGCAAGGCUGAGCUGCGUGAGCACGAACACGUGGUGGAAUGUAUCUCCUGGGCCCCCGACAGUGCGCACCCCACCAUCCUGGAGGCCACAGGCUCAGAGAACAAGAAGAGUGGAAAGCCUGGACCUUUCCUCCUCUCUGGAUCCAGAGACAAAACAAUUAAAAUGUGGGACGUCAGCAUCGGAAUCUGUCUUAUGACUCUGGUGGGCCAUGACAACUGGGUACGUGGAGUGCUGGUGCAUCCUGGGGGGAAGUUCAUCGUGAGCUGUGCAGACGACAAGACCAUCCGAAUUUGGGACUACAAGAACAAACGCUGCAUGAAAACUCUGUGUGCUCAUGAACACUUUGUCACCUCUCUGGAUUUCCACAAAAGCGCCCCCUAUGUGGUGACGGGCAGCGUGGACCAGACAGUCAAAGUCUGGGAGUGCCGCUGAGUUCACUUCUUGCUUCGGACCCCUCCAACCGCCCCAUCCUCAACCUUCAUCUCCACCCCUAGGUGACCACGGUGCUUCACCGCCUGACCCCCUCCUGCCCCUGCUUCCUCCACAUUGGCCCUGCUUCCUGAAGAUGACUAUUAUCCUUUUAUGUAAAUUAUUCUGGAUGUAGGGUACGCUUACUAAAUGUCACACAAACACAAGAUGAGACUCUCCUUGCAUGGCCAAUACAACAACACUUGAUUGAAUUCCUCAAAGGCUACAAUGCGUGUGUGUGUGUGUGUGUCGCUUGUGAGCAUUUCCUUUGCUCCACGACGCCAUCUUUUGUGUGUACGAGGGCGUGCAUGUGGGGGACAGGAAGUGUAAGAUGUAAGUUGACUGACAGGUUGUAGAGAGACUCGCACCAGCUGGUGUACGUGCGUGUCUGCAACGGGACGUUUGGGGGUCACACCCCCAUGAUCCCCCUCAUGCCCCAGUGUUGCAUCAUCUUUUAAUUAACUUGCUCUCUAGUUAACACCCACAGGACCUUAAUGACCUAAGCUGCCCACAGCACAAGCACAUGCCCCCCACCAGAGGAAAAGACCUCCUCGUCAAUUGUGAGUGAGACCGUCUGUGCGCGCCUGUCGUCCAGUGCUCUCUCUCGCUAUCUGCCUUGUUAACCCUUUGAGGGCUGCCUCACACGGGACUUUCAUUAAUUAUUUACUGUGGUCUCACUUUUACAUACACAUACACACACCGCACAUACACGCACAGUAAAAGUUGUGUAUCAGUAUAUCUGGAUGUCAUUGUUUGCAGCAUAAUGAAAUAAAAUAAUGUAAAUAUCA